AUGACAGCGGCUGCACGCUGCGUCGCCCGGUUCCUCCGGCCCGGGGCGCUGCAGGUAGCACAGACAAAUCGACCAGUCUCACUUCAAGUGAGGCAUGUCACUUCGGCGGCAACCGCGCCCACGGUCUCCGAAACUGUGCGUCCCAACACCAUCACGUAUCCGACCCCGCCUCAGCCCCCGUCGCAGCGUCCAGAUCACAUCGGCCCACGGCGUAGCCCUACGUCACGGGCUCCCGGCUCACGCAGGGACGGCGUUCGGGAUGCCAGACCCUUUUCCGAUUUUCUCACGGACACCUUCCACCGUCAACAUGACUACCUACGCAUCUCGGUGACAGAGCGGUGCAAUCUGCGCUGCCUUUACUGCAUGCCCGAGGAGGGCGUGCCGCUCUCACCCCCGCGAGAGCUUUUAACCACACCUGAGAUCGUCUUGCUUUCGUCCCUCUUCGUCUCGCAGGGCGUGACCAAAAUCCGGCUCACCGGGGGUGAGCCGACGGUCAGGCGGGACAUUGUGCCCCUGAUGCAACAAAUCGGAUCUUUGAGAGCCCAUGGCCUACGGGAACUCUGUCUGACCACCAAUGGGCUCUCUCUGCACCGCAAGCUGGACGCCAUGGUUGAGGCAGGACUGACUGGCAUCAACCUCUCCCUCGACACACUGGACCCGUGGCAAUUCCAGUUGAUGACGCGGCGUGCGGGGUUCAGUGCCGUCCAAAAAAGCAUCGAUCGAAUUCUUGAAUUGAACCGCCUCGGGGCGAGCAUCAAGUUCAAGAUCAACUGCGUCGUUAUGCGCGGUCUAAAUGACUGCGAGAUCCUCCCAUUUGUGGAGCUAACGCGGGAGAAGGAUAUAGAGGUCCGCUUCAUCGAGUAUAUGCCCUUUGACGGCAACAAAUGGAGCAAGGGUAAAAUGUUCAGCUACCAGGAGAUGUUGGACGUGAUCCGCUCCCGCUACCCAGAUUUGCAGAGGGGCUUGGACCACAAGAACGACACCAGCAAGACGUUCCAGGUGCCAGGCUUUGUUGGCAAAAUUGGCUUCGUCACGAGCAUGACCCACAACUUCUGCGGGACGUGCAACAGACUUCGCAUCACUAGUGACGGAAAUCUAAAGGUGUGCUUGUUUGGCAACGCCGAGGUCUCUUUACGAGACAUCCUACGAAAGGUUAACAAUGGUGAGCCUAUCGACGACGUUGCCCUGGAAUCGCUGCAGCAAGCGUCUACCGGGGCUGCGGAACGCCUUUUGCCAUCCAGCCAUCAACCCCUGCUGAUACCCAAUUCCGAUGAGCUUCUUGACGUGAUCGGCAUGGCCGUCAAACGGAAGAAGGCGAAGCACGCAGGCAUUGGGGAGCUUGAGCACAUGAAAAACCGUCCCAUGAUACUGAUUGAUCCUCCAGCCACAAAUCAACAUCUUACCCAGGCUCACCUUCGGCGGCAGCAUGUUGGAUCACGGUCGACCGGCUGCCCGCCCGUUGUCAGGUUCCCUUCGACCUGGGACAGCGUGGUGAUUCCCUACCAUUCCGCUAUCCCCCAGCCUCGCCUCUUCUCAACCACGUGCUGGCGUAGCCACAACAGCCAGGAUGAGGAUAGCAGCCCAAGACUAACGCAUGUCUCCGCGUCGGGCGCUGCUCACAUGGUUUCCAUCACGGAUAAGACGCCAACAAAACGCGUCGCGAAGGCAAAGUGCACGGUGCGGUUCUCCGUCGCCUCGGCCCUCCGCCUCAUCCGCGAGAACCAGAUCAAGAAGGGUGACGUGCUCGGUGCGGCGCGGAUUGCUGGCAUAAUGGCGGCGAAGCGCACGCCAGACCUCAUCCCUCUGUGUCACCCCAUCUCGCUCACACACGUCGAGGUCGAACUGGUUCUGCUGGACGAAAGAAAUGAGAUCGAAAUCACAACGACGGUGUCGUGCGACGGCAAGACAGGUGUCGAGAUGGAGGCCCUAACGGCAGCGUCGGCCGCUGCGUUGACAGUCUAUGACAUGUGCAAGGCUGUUGAUAAGAAGAUGGUUAUUGAGCGCUUGAGAGUUGUGCUAAAAGAGGGAGGUAAGAGUGGGACUUGGGUUGAAGAGGAGACCGGGUAA